AUGGCUGAUCCUACGUUCAUGACUAGUGGACCAAUUGACUUAAUCCUGGGUUCUCAAAUUUACGCGACAAUUCUCAAAGAGGGUGUAAAGAAAAAUAAACUCCUAUGCGCUCAGAAUACCGAAUUAGGGUGGAUCCUUACAGGAACAACUCCCACUAACAGGAACUCAUCGGAAAGAAAGGCCAUAAGUAUGAUUACUAUGGCAGAAAUCGAUGAGCAGCUAAGAGCAUUUUGGGAAAUGGAUCAAACUAAAAAGUCAAAUAAGAAAAUUAUCCAUCAUUGUGAAAAACACUUCGCUGAAACCCAUACUAGGACUCAGGAUGGACGCUAUGAAGUGAAGCUACCAUUUGAGGAUGAUACAUCAAAGUUGGGUGAUUCCCGGAAACAAGCUAUGGCUCGUUUGGUACAUCUCGAAAAUAAAUUUGCGACUAAUUAG